UGUAAGCUACACCGUUUGCUUCUUUGGACAGUUGAAACUAAAGCUAGAAUGGCUGUUUCGAUGGCAGUAUGGCUUUUAAUUUUAGUCGCUGUAGGCGCGAGCGCUGACAUGCCUCUUGAAGAAGUAUUUCUUCUUAAGCAUGUUAAAAUGAUCGAAAGCCCAUUAGCUGUUACGGUAGAUAAAGUGGUUAAAAUAUUCAAUGACCGCAGGCAUUGCAAUAGGCAAGAACACACAGAAAUCUGCAAAAAAUGUUUGAUUUCGAGGAGUAUCCAGAAUAUGUUGCUGAGUGAACGGGAAAAUCCUAUCCCAGAUCUUGAGAAUUAUAACGUCACGAAUGCUACGACAUCAAAUCAAGAUAUUAUUAAAAUUUCCGUGAUAAUGCUGAACAAUCUCCUUACUCUGGAAUCAUCUUGUACACAGAAGAACUGGAAAAAGAGAUUAGUUGGGAACUGUGAAAAUUAUUCGGACUGCUAUUUGGAGCUGAUGAAUGCAUUACCUAGACGUAUGGACACUGACGAAGAUAUUCUGUAUGAUAGUGAAGUUCUUCUGAAGAAAAUUAAGCCUAAUUAUAAACCGUAUAAUCAUACAGAGUUUUUCAGAGCAGAAGAUGUUCUAUCAGCACUAAAUGAGACGAAUGACGUAUAUCGAAACAUGGCUCGGGAACUUAUUGUGUUUUCGAUUAUUUCUGGAUACCUGUUUAAAGGUUUAUCAAUUCAAGUAAAGGACUCGGAGAAUGACUUUCUUGAUGACAUAUUUCUGCAUUAUGGUGAACACUGUGGGGACUAUAUACCACAAAGUGGUUUUCAAAAAUUAUUAACUGAUCUUCAAAUGCAACGACAAAAGGAGCACGUUGAUCAUGAAGAAUUAGAAAGUUCUUGUUUAACAGUUCUGGAAACAACUACUACUGUUGAAUUUGACAGUACUAUAGAUAGCGAACACCAGGAUAUGUUGGAAAUUAUGGGGAUACAUGUCACAAACAAAAAUGAAGAGACAGAAUUUAAGGGAACUGAAGCAAAGAAUGAGAAAACUGUACAUUCCAGACCACUGAAGCCUGGAGUAACUUCGCCAUAUUUAAUUGAAAAAAAUGAAACAAUAGCUACCAAACCAUCGCCUCAGUCAGAAAUGGAAACAACGAAUAUUUCAAUGUUACCUCUGAAAUCGAGUCAAAAAGAUUCUGAGAAAAAAACAGAAUUCAUAUUGCAAGGCACACUGAAAAAUGCAACCCUCGAAAGUUCAACAAUUCCUUCAUCGCUUACAGAUGAAGACGCUUCGCAGCCUCUACAAGUUAAUAAGGUACCAGAAAUAAACACGACUUUCUCAGAAACGGAGGAGAAACCUGUGCAGAGAAGAGCUCGACGCACGCCGAUACCUCAUCAAGGCUAUAAACCUAGGAGCUUAGCUAAUGAGUGCUUGACACCAUAUGCUUUGCUUAAACAAUUUUCGAUUUCUGCUGAUGACGCUAUAACACAGGAAGAGUUUAUAGAGAUUUGUCCUGCCUUAGUACAACAAGCAGUCAGUGGAGUAUGCAAGAUCAAAACGACGGAACUGGCUGAUUUUAAGACAGCUGAAGUGAGCGAUGCAUCAGUAAACGCUAGUUCCAUCGAGAGUGAUGUUACAAGCCCUUCAAAAUAUAGUAUUACAUAUGCUGUAGCUGCAGAUACGGUGAUAACAUUGUUAAGUUUUCUUGGAAUUAUCUUGAUACCAGUUAUGAAUAAAGGAGUUUAUAGUUACAUUAGUCAACUUUUUGUUGGACUCGCAUUUGGAACUAUGUUAGGAGACGUUACAAUUCACAUUAUACCCCAGUACUUAGGUGCACAUGCUCAUGAAGAAGCGAAAGAAUUUUCUUGGAGUCACGCAUUCCCUGAAACAUCUCUAUUACAAAUUACCUUUAUGUUUACAAUAUAUAGUUUUGUACUUUUCUCCAACACCUUUGCGAUGUUUACAAAGGAUAAAAGACAUGAAGAUGGCGGCCAUAGUCACUUGAGUCCAGAAAUUCCAAUGGAAACUUUCAAAGCAGAGUCAUCCAGUGACACCACUGUGAGAGUUGAUGAAAUUUUACCAAGUGAAGACGGAGAUUCUGAAAAGGACUCUGGUUUACUUUAUGGUUUUACACCAGGAGCUUUGAUUAUAACACUGGCAGAUACUUUACAUAACUUUGCUGAUGGAAUAGCAAUUGGUGUUUCAUUUACUGUAUCUCCAAAAGACGGCCUGUCCGCGGCCAUCGCAAUUUUCUUUCAUGAGCUCCCUCAUGAAAUAGGUAACGUCUUUUACCAACUGAUCUCAGUAAUUUAAUUUUU